AUGACUAGGCUAAUGUCUGCCAGUACGACUGCUGCCGGACGGCCCGGCGCCUCCAAGCAUCGGUUUGUUCCUCGCAGGAGAAGUUAUCCAUCACGAACUCGCAAUCUGCAAAGGCAGCAUCGCCUUGCUCUCGGUGGGAAUACCAGGAGCCAGAAGACGUUAACACAACUUAACUUUGUUCUGUCGCCUCAUUCGGAUAAUGAGGAUGAAAGCUUACAACUCUUUGAGGGGGAGGCUGCACGCGAUGAAAGGUCCGGGGGCUUACCACAAAAGAGAAAGACGACGAUUAAUCAUGGCAAAAAGAAGAGACGGCAUGAGGAUUCCGUUAGAGCUGAUAGGACGUUAACGCAGAUGGUAAAUGUUGACUGGGCUCUCCGCCGUCCCGAGGCUGCCAUCCCCGAAGAGAGUAAUGCCAGACACGCUCGGAAACGCCGUGACACGGAGAUGGAAACCAUUCCAGAAGAAGCUGAAAAUACUGUGAGCGAAGAUGUUUUAUCUGGGCCAUCAGCAAGCAGUCCUAAAAGUGAGAGUGAAGCCAGGCUAGAAGUCCCUUCAGGGACGUCAAAGUCAGACCGGAGGAAGUCCAAGGAAACAGGCUCUGAGAGUGGCCAGAUGCUACCACCGCCUAAUCCUAUUACGCCCCGAAAACAUACACGAUGGAUUAUCCCUUCGUCUCAGUCCCCAGAGAGCCCCGAAAUUACGUUAAACAGUCCAAGAACUCCAAAGAGCAUAAGGAAUAGCCCUGUUCGGUGGCCGCCGGUUUCCCCUACAGCUCUGCUCUCUCCAUCACCUAAUAAACAUAGGAGGUCAUUACUCAAGUUUGAUGUGAACGACUAUGACUCGCAGAUUGUGCCUGGAGAUGGUUUCCUUGCUGAUGACACAGCUCCAGAAAGCCCAACCUCUGUUCUCUCCUCCCCAAGAGCCAUCUCUGAUCCAUCCGUAUCCUUCAAAGAGGAUAUCAAAUAUCGGUUAAAUGCCGCCCAUAUAGAACGAAUAGUACAGGAUCACCAAACGCAGGAGCCAAACCAACAGGAAAGUAUUGUUUAUGAGACAGAUGGCGAACUAGAUCCCGAAUCCCUCGACGAUGAAGCCGCACAACUUCCUGAGAUUAAUGGUACGAGGAAGCAUGGAAAUCCGGGAGAUGACCAGGACGCUCCCCAACUAGUUCCCGAAAGUAACGACAACCAAUCAUCUCAAAACUUUCCUGCUUCAACAUAUAUAUCCGACACAAUGUCACUGUGUUAUACACGCCAGCCGACGAGCUAUGCGUUCGAAAAGUUUCAUCCUCCACAACAUCUCUCAACCAACGUAAAAGAUGUACCUGAAUCGGCACAGGGUACAGAGGUCAAUGAAUCCUCUCAAUCUAACCCUUUGUCGUCUUUCUACUCUGAUAACCAGGAGAUGCAAUCCAGAUCAGCAGCUCUACCGAUUGAUAAGGAAAACAGCUCCGUCCCCCAAAACGAUAAUGAGCCUGAUAGUGGCCAGCAACCCUCGUCACCAGUGGUCCAAGUAGCAUCAUCCCAACGAUCUGAAGUGGAAGUUCCUAGCUCGCAGACCUUGGCUACUGAAACUGAGCCACGGAGGAUUAUCACCUGUAGUCAGCUUCUUACCGAGAGCCUGAUGGAAAGUAUACCUGGACCACCUGCUUGGAUUUCAGGCUCCCACAGUAAUGACCUUAAUGACCUUAAUGAUUAUGGCUCUGAGCGACCUUGA